AUGACUGGACGCGGCAAAGGUGGCAAGGGCCUCGGCAAGGGUGGUGCCAAGCGUCACCGCAAGAUCUUAAGAGACAACAUCCAGGGUAUCACCAAGCCUGCCAUCAGACGUCUUGCCCGCCGUGGUGGUGUCAAGCGUAUCUCGGCCAUGAUCUACGAGGAGACCCGUGGUGUCUUGAAGACCUUCCUUGAGGGUGUCAUCCGUGAUGCCGUCACAUACACUGAGCACGCCAAGCGAAAGACUGUCACGUCGCUCGAUGUUGUCUAUGCUCUCAAGAGACAAGGACGUACUCUCUACGGUUUCGGUGGUUAAGCGCAUUCUUCAAACACUAUCACGACAUUGUCCUGUGGCAUGAGCCAUGUCUGC